AAAAAUAUCUCGGGUCUCAAAAUUGAGUCGGGUAAGAUCCAGUCCGUCUCCUAUUAUAUAUAUUCGCACCACACACAGGUUCAAUUCGUCAAAACCUCUCUUUCUCUCUGCACCUUGCUAGUCAGCCAUGGCUUUCCCGUUCUUGGAAGCUGUUAUCGGGUUUAUGAUAUCAUUGUACUUUUUCGAGACUUAUUUGGAUUUGCGCCAACAUGCUGCUCACAAACUUCCAACCCUUCCUAAAACUUUGGAAGGAGUAAUCAGCCAAGAAAAGUUUGAGAAGUCACGAGCCUAUAGUCUUGAUAAAAGCCGCUUCCAUUUUGUUCAUGAGUUUGUGACAAUACUGAUGGACUCAGCAAUUUUGUUCUUUCGGGUGUUGCCUUGGUUUUGGAAGAGAUCAGCAGAUUUCGUGGCUUUAGCUGGCCUCAAUGCUGAAAAUGAAAUCUGGCAUACACUUGCGUUUUUGGGUGGUGUUAUGAUUUGGUCACAGAUCACUGAUUUACCUUUCUCUCUAUACUCCACAUUUGUGGUUGAAGCUCGUCAUGGUUUUAAUAAGCAAACAAUAUGGUUAUUCUUCAGAGACAUGAUUAAAGGAAUUUGCCUCACUGUUAUUCUCGGCCCACCAAUUGUGUCUGCCAUAAUUGUAAUUGUACAGAAAGGAGGUGAUUACCUGGCCAUCUAUCUUUGGGCAUUCAUGUUUGUUCUCUCUCUUGUGAUGAUGACACUCUACCCUGUUCUAAUAGCCCCUCUCUUUAACAAGUUCACCCCUCUUCCAGAGGGUGAGCUCAGGCAGAAAAUUGAGAAACUUGCUUCUUCUCUCAAGUUUCCAUUGAAGAAGUUGUUUGUCGUUGAUGGAUCUACAAGGUCAAGUCACAGCAAUGCCUAUAUGUAUGGAUUUUUUAAGAACAAGAGAAUCGUCCUCUAUGAUACAUUAAUUCAACAGUGCAAAAAUGAUGAGGAGAUUGUAGCUGUUAUAGCUCAUGAGUUAGGCCAUUGGAAGCUCAACCACACAAUGUAUUCAUUUAUUGCUGUGCAGAUCCUUACAUUUUUACAGUUUGGAGGAUAUACUCUAGUGAGAAACUCAAGCAGCCUGUUUCAAAGUUUUGGGUUUGAUACUCAGCCAGUGAUCAUUGGACUCAUCAUAUUUCAGCACACCAUAAUACCCAUCCAGCACAUAGUAAGCUUUGCUCUUAACCUUGUGAGCCGAUCAUUUGAAUUUCAGGCUGAUGCUUUUGCUAAGAAGCUUGGUUAUUCGUCUGCACUUCGAGCUGGUCUUGUUAAACUACAGGAAGAGAAUUUGUCGGCUAUGAACACUGAUCCUUGGUACUCUGCAUAUCACUAUUCUCAUCCUCCGCUUGUCGAAAGGCUGGCUGCGAUUGAUAAACCAGACAAGAAAGCAGACUGAUGCGACACAUGGAUGAUCACCACGAAUAUGGUUAAUCAAUCUCAGUUGACAAAGAGCAUUAGGUUCGUGGUCGUCAAUGGCAUAUUUGUUACUUUGUCACGUUUAACUCGAUGGUUAUUCCCAUAUUUGUAGUUCAAGUACUCUGCCUGGGACAAGGUGGGGUACGGGUGAAGAAUGAAAUAUACAAGUGAACAGAAAACAACUUUCGUUUACGUGUAUAAUGUUCGCAUGACCUAACAGUUGGAACAGCUCUUAUAGUAGUUGCGCUCCGCCCUGUUGUAUCUUGAUAUUUCGUUUUCCUUGAAAUUUUACGAUAGCAUCUGUUAAUUC